GGCUUAUAUAAAAAGUAAAAGUCUAUGUUGUGUUUUUGUCUACUUUGCAUCGUAGAACAGGAAAGUUUAGCACAAUGUUGAAUUCGUGGAAGUUUUCGGUUUUUAUUUUUACAAUCACAAUUUUCCAAGUGCACUUUGUCAAAUCAGCAAUACCCGACUAUAUUCAAGUGUGCAAACGUAGUGAUCCCAAUUUAGACGACUGUGUGAAAAACUCAAUUGUGAACUUGCGUCAGAAACUUGCGACAGGAAUACCCGAAUUGAACGUACCAGGAAUCGAACCACUGUAUAUCCGUAGACUAGAGUUACAGGACAAUGUUAAUGUCAACUUUACGGAUGUUUAUAUUCAUGGACCUUCAGAGUUUGAUUUGGCUGAAAUGAAAAUAGACAUCAAAAAGAAUCGGUUUGUUUUUCUCUACAAAUUCAAAGAAUUAAAAUUUGAAGGAAAAUAUGAUAUCGACAUGGAAAUCCUACGUAUUCCUCUGAAGUCCAGUGGACCUAUGCAUGGACAUUUCAAAAAUUGUCAGAUUACUGGCAAAAUGGUAGGCAAGAAAAUGAUGAUAAACGAUAAAUCGCACAUGAUUUUCCGCCCAAUUGAAUUAAAAAUCUACCAGGGACAAACAUACCUACGUCUGGAGAAUUUAUUCCGUGGUCAGAAAGCGCUGCAAGACGCGACAAACGACUUACUCAACGAAAACAACGCUCUAUUGCAAAAUGAAAUUCUGCCAGCGUUGGAAAAAACUCUAGGGGAACACUUUACUCUCAUUGCCAAUAAAAUAACGUCACAUUUUACGUACGAUGAACUAUUUCCACUGAAUUAAACUCAGACUAAUUACAAUUAAAUGAUGUUUACUAAGAAUAAUAGAACCUGUUUUUUGGGUAUAUUUUAUAGAUCCAAAUAUAUUUGCAAUUUAUUUGUCUGUACCUAAUAAACGUUAACUUUUCGAUUUUA